UUACCAUUUCAUUCGCGCGUCCUCAGGGCAAUGGUAUUUUACAUGCGCACCGGGUCGGUUAAUUUUGAUAUCGCAACUCUUGGAGAAAUGAUACAAUGUGCGCUGUUUUUUCAAAUGUCGGAUCUGAGCCGUUUGCUGGAAACAUUUCUUCGCCAGUGCUCUACAAACCCAACAAUCGCUCUUGAUUGCUAUAAAAUUGUCUUCCAGGACGAGCGAACUAUGCGAUGCGUAACAAUGGAAACCCAGCAGAUUGUCGGCAGAAAUCUGCUGCAUACUAUUUGGUCACUGAUGGAUGAAGAAUUUGUGAAACAAAACAAGUCACUCAAGGUCUACCUGCUAGUUAACCAACCGAAUAUGCAACAGAAUUUGGUGGUCCGAACAUAG